AUGGAAAGCUCAGCGCAGAAGCAUCUCCGAAAGCUGUACAGUAAAGUGGGGGGAACUCCUACAUGCGGACGGCCUCUGCAAGCGUCAGGGGUGGUUGCUGGUUCACCCACCAACAGUGCUCUCCGGCAUAGCAAUACACCUACAGCCGUACAAGCCCUGUCCAAACGAAUCGCCAGGAAAGCCUAUGCGCUAGAGGGGUCGAACGCUGCUGCACGCGCUCUCAUAGUGGAGAAGCACCUGUGCAAGGACUCAAAUGUCACACACCGACACUCAGAUACCAUUGCGUCGAGAGUGCAUGAGGAGAAGGAGCGGUUGCCAUGCAAGAACACGAGCCAUGAGGCUCAUGCGCAGCCUAAUAGUGAUGGCGUAGAUGUACAACCUCGGCCACAUACUCCCUCGUGUACUAUUCCCAGCAUGCAUGGCACAAACCUGGACUCUAUCGCCUCCCGAGCCCCUGCGGAGAAAUCAUUACAUACAUGCACAUGCAAUCAUAAACCCUGCGACACUUUGAGUUGCCAUGGUGACCGAUCUACAGAACCAUCGGAAGCAUCGUCGAAGCCGCCGUUCUCGCGCAGCUCAGGGCAUACGGAUCAGCCAACCACAGGCAGUACACACUCCUCUAGCAGCGCAAGUGAUAGCGAUGAUACGGACUAUGGAGUGAAUCCCCACGGCCGAAGUCCAGGCGGAUACUACAGUUGGCACUCAUGGACAG